AGAAACCCCUGGGACGCGCCGUCCCAAACUUGGGUUUCUGGCGUCUCCUGCGUUUCCGGCCCUGGACUACAAUUCCCACAGGUCACUGGGCCGAAUGAGCGUGCGCUCCUGAUCCACUUUGCGCAUCCCAGUGAUUCUUGCGUUCCGCGUGUAGUUUCGGAAGGAGACAUCGAAGCAGGGCGAGGCUCAGAGGGCGUUGCGGACUCAUGCCCCAGUCGGCAGUGCGGAUAAACUUGAAGGCUGCUGAGUUUCAAAGCAGGUGAGAGCUCUACAGCAGGUAAAGCCUGCGAUGCAAUCGCCCUGUCCCUGAGCCACAUGAAUCAGCAACUUUGAUGGUGUCACCUCUAUCCAUAAUGGUUGAAGCUGUUAUGUGGAGUCUCUGGCAAGAUACAAAAGCAAAAUUGCAGCCCGUAAGUUUCUGAAGGUCCCAAGCCCUGCAGUGCUACAGCUUUGAGCACACCUACUUUGGCCCCUUUGACCUCAGGGCCAUGAAGCUGCCCAGCAUCUCCUGUCCUCAUGAGUGCUUUGAGGCUAUCCUGUCUCUGGACACCGGGUAUCGCGCGCCGGUGACCCUGGUGCGGAAGGGGUGCUGGACCGGGCCUCCUGCGGGCCAGACGCAAUCGAACCCGGACGCGCUGCCUCCAGACUACUCGGUGGUGCGCGGCUGCACAACUGACAAAUGCAACGCCCACCUCAUGACUCAUGACGCCCUCCCCAACCUGAGCCAAGCACCCGACCCGCCGACGCUCAGCGGCGCCGAGUGCUACGCCUGUAUCGGGGUCCACCAGGAUGAAUGCGCUAUCGGCAGGUCCCGACGGGUCCAGUGUCACCAGGACCAGACCGCCUGCUUCCAGGGCAAUGGCAGAAUGACAGUCGGCAAUUUCUCAGUCCCUGUGUACAUCAGAACCUGCCACCGGCCCUCCUGUACCACCGAGGGCACCACCAGCCCCUGGACAGCCAUUGACCUCCAGGGCUCCUGCUGUGAGGGGUACCUCUGCAACAGGAAAUCCAUGACCCAGCCUUUCACCAGUGCUUCAGCCACCACCCCUCCCCGAGCACUACAGGUCCUGGCCCUGCUCCUCCCAGUCCUCCUGCUGGUGGGGCUCUCAGCAUAGACCGCCCCUCCAGGAUGCUGGGAACAGGGUUCACACACUUCAUUCUUGCUGCUUCAGCCCCUAUCACGUAGCUCACUGGAAAAUGAUGGAAAAUAAGAAUUGCACUCCUGUCCCUCUGGCCUUCCAUCUCUCCCUCCCUUGUGCCCCACAACCUGGUCAACAGUACUGGAAGAAACUGGACACAGUCACCAGCAUCCCAGGGGAGGGCAAAACAGCCACGUCCUGCCCUGAUGAAGAGCAAUUCUGAUCACAGCUGUUACUCACUGAGCACCAGCCAGGCACCAGGCACCCUGUAACACGGCUUCCUGUGCUCUCCCUCCAGAGCCUGUCGCAGCUCUAGGAGGGAGCUAUACAAUGAUGUCUUUAUUAGUGUCAUCAUGAGAGGCCCAAUAAGCAGUAUGCCCUAUCAGUUAGUAGGCCAGGCUCUGGAGCUAAGCUGCAUGGGUUCAAAUCCCAGCUCCACCAUUCAGCCUGCAGAGACCAUGAGCGAGUUACUUAAGCCAGGCUCUGGAGCUAAGCUGCAUGGGUUCAAAUCACAGCUCCAGCAUUCAGCCUACAGAGACCAUGGGUGGGUUACUUAAGCCAGGCUCUGGAGCUAAGCUGCAUGGGUUCAAAUCCCAGCUCCACCAUUCAGCCUGCAGAGACCAUGGGUGAGUUACUUGAGCUCUCUGUGCCAAUAUUUUCUCACCUAUAAGGUGGAGGUGAAAAUAAACUCUAUAACAUGACAAGAACUGCUUCACAGUAGUUGCAGUGAGGAUUCAACGAGAUGAACAUUUAGUACUUGGGACACAGUAGUGGCCCAGUAUAAAUGGGCUACUGUCAUAAGCCCUAAGUCACAGGUCAACAAACUGAGAGGCAAAAGCACUUGGUUGAGCUUGUGUAUCUAGUGAGUAUGGAUUCAGGGACCAGAUUCCCAGCCCCAUGAACUGCUAAGCAACCGCACCUCCUAAACACAUGAGUGCCGAUUAACUUCACAGAAAAACACACAAGGCAAAGUUCAGUGAAGUGAAAUUCUCCAAGCUAUAAAGAUCAGGGAAGACUUCCUGGAGGAAUUCACCCUUGAGCAAAAUCCUAAAGGAUCAAUAGUAGCUGGCAAAAAGAAGCAGGAGGAAGCACAUUCUAGGUAGAGGAGACAGCCUGGAAAAAGGUCUGAGGGAGGAAGGAACACAAGGAGUGCAGGACACUUUCAUGAGUGCAGGACACUUUCAUAACUGCAUGAACUUCAUAGAGAUGGGAUCCUUUAGCAUGUUCUCUGUGCACAUGCUUGACCAUGUUCUUUCACAUGCUUUUUGCCACUUGAUCUUUCCAGCAACUCAGUGAGAGAAGCAAAAAAGUAAGUUGCAUCCUGCUAUUGUCUGAAUGUUUGUGUCUCCUCAAAAUUCAUCUUUUGAAACCUAAUUACCAAAGUGAUAUUACGAGGAGGUGGGGCCUUUGGGAGGUGGUGAGAUCAUGAGGGUGGAGCCCCCAUGAAUAGGAUUAGUGCCCUUAUAAAAGAGGCCCUGGAGAGCUGCCUUGCCCCUUCCACCACAUGAGAACACAGCCAGCAGGUGCCUAUAAGCAAGAAGGUGGGUUCUCACCAGCCAUCGAAUCUGCUGAUGCAUUGAUUGCAGACUUCCCAGACUCCAGAGCUAUGAGACAUAAAUUUCUGUUGUGUAUAAGCCAUACAGUCUAUGGUAUUUUGUUACAGCAGCCUGAAGGGACUAAGACACCUUCCUGUUUUACAGACAAGAUGCCCAAAGCACAGUGAGAGAGCAGUUUUCAGAGUAAGUGCAUAGCAAGAGUGGACUCCCGUGUCUUCUCGCUCCAUGUCAGCAAGUAGCCUUGUGGGAAGGGGGGCAAUUCAGAAACGCUCCGCUCCUAUGCUCCUGUAAGGCCAGUGUGACAAGGGCUUCAGGUGUCUUUACAUCCUGACAUACAAGGGGAAGCUGGAUGUCUUCAUUCAUCCUUCACAUUUACUGAGCACCUACUAUGUGCAAGGCGCUGUUCCAGUUGCUGGGCAUGCAGCAGGGAACUAAAGUGGCAAAAAUUCCCACCUUCAAGGAGCUAGCCUUUUUGAUGGGCUAGCAAUCCAAAGCAAACUUUGGAUUUUGCUUGUGUAUUUAUUAGAGACAAGGUCUCGCUCUAUCCCAGGCUGGAGUGCAGUGGCACAAUCAGCUCACCGCAGCCUCAAUCUCCCAGGCUCAAGCAAUCCUCCCACCUCAGCCUCCCUAGUAGCUGGGACUAUAGGUGUGUGCCACCACACCCUGCUAAUUUUUGUAUUUUUUAUAGAGAUGGGGCCCCCACUAUGCUGCCCAGGCUAGUCUCAAACUCCUGGGCUCAAGCAAUCCUCCUGUCUCAGUCUCCCAAUGUGCUGAGAUUACAGGUGUGAGUCACCAUGCCCAGCCAGAUUUUGGAUUUUAUUGCAAAUGUGGUCUGAAGUUGGGAUGGCCAGUUUGAUGUGUCAACUUACCUAUGUGACAGUUCCAGUUAUUCAAUCAAACACUAAUCAGUGUGUUGAUGUGAGGGUAUUUCGUAGAUGUGAUUAAAGUCCAUAAUCAGUUGACUUUGAGGAAGGGAGAUUGUUCUAGACAGUUUGGGUGGGCCUGACUCUAUCAGCUGAAAGGCCUUAGGAGCAGAGAUGAGGCUUCUCUGAGGAAGAAAAAAACUGCACCUAUGGACAGCUGCUUCAGCCCAUGCCUGAGAUUCCAGCUUGCUCUUUCUGACCUGCCUAGCCAGGCCACAUAAGCCAAUUCUUUGCAAUAAAUCUUAUAUUAUA